GGGUUUGACUCGGUUUAUAUUCAAGUACAAGUAUUCCGGCCCUGCCCUUGGGAAUGGAGCUGCGUCCCCGGAGUAUCCAAGUGCGGUUGCGGAGCCUGGCAAGCCCCGCUCCCCACUCAGAAAGGAGAUUCCGGGCUUCCCCUCCGGGCUUAAAGACCGCAGACUCCAGCAAGGGAAGGAAGCGCUGAGCCGGAACCAUUAUUCCCGGAAUUAUUCCCCGCCGGAAAAGGGAACGAAGAGUCUUCCUAGCAUCUUUACUCUGCCCGCGAUGGACGACUUUCCGUCUUCCGGCUUUCUGCCCGCCUCUUCCGGUGCUCCUCGCAGUCCAAGGGGCAUUUAACACAGAGAGGUGAAGCCCAGAGCGCCCUUCUUUCCAAGCGGAUUGAAUCAACGUGGGCGACAGUCUGUGUCUCUAAGGGCCCAGGCGGCCUGCAGGGCCAACUCUUUUCCGUUCCAGCCUGCCCGCCUCAGCGAUUCCUCCUACGUCACUUCCCGUUUCUUUAUGAUCAAGAAGGCCGCUUUCCUCCGCCCAGCGCCCCCUGCCGGUUGCAGCGCCGAAGGUGUCCUGGAGCGGAGUUGCCGUGGCAACGCUGGGGGGCGGCGGGCAUGGGGGUCCUUGGAAGGGGCGCCAGGUUGGGGAAACUGGCUUGGCCCGCCCUGAGCAACAGUCCCUGAGGACCUUUCUGUCCCAGCGGGGCCGGCUCCUCCCUUGGAGACGUCAGCUGGGCGGACGGCUCCUCCAGUGGGUGUACCGGGACCGAAGGAUGAACUUCAAAUAUUGGUUGCUCUUCCUGCUGUAUUUCGUGCAAGGAAUUCCUUACGGGCUGCAAUCUGGGCUUCUGCCGAUCUAUUUCCGAACUGUGGGCCUCUCCUUCACCAAGAUCAGCCUGACCAAACUGCUUUAUCUGCCAUGGUUCCUCAAGGUGCUCUGGGCCCCCUUCGUGGACUGGUAUUUCUCCAAGAAGGCCUGGCUGAUCUUCACCAUGUGCGGCUUGGCCCUGGCCUGCCUGGCCUGCUCCUUCCUGACCCCAGAGGUCGACUUCCUCGGAGUGGCCUUCGCUCUGCUGCUCAUGAACCUCUUCGCUUCCGUCCAGGACGUGGCGGCCGAUGGGAUCGCCAUCCAGAUGUUGGGAGCAGAGGAGGUGGGCUUCGGGAACAGCAUCCAGGUCGUGGCCUACAAACUGGGCUCCGUCCUGGCGGGAGGCGGCCUGCUCACUUUCCUCCAUCACCUGGGCUGGGGAGCCCUCUUCGUCGACCUGGCUCUCAUAUACGCUGCGGCCAUCGGGUUCACCUCCAGGUUCCAUCUCGAGGCCUCUCCUCAGGACAGCCUGGCCAAGGACGGCAACUUAAGCCUUCUGGGUUUCUUGCGUGAGCUUCUCCUUGUGCCGGACACGCUGUGGACCGCUGGCUUGGUCCUCAUCUACAAGUUGGAUCACAGCUUCUCUCCCCAGAAGCUGGGCUUCUGGAACGGGGUUGUGGCCGCCGCCUUUUCCAUUGCAGGCUCUUCCCUGGGGGGCCAACUGAUGUCAAACGGCAGGAAGUCCGAGUCUCUGCAAACUUUGCUGAUCCUUCGCUUUUGCAACCUCCUCUUCCAGACCUGGGUGAUGGUCGCCUACACCGACCACGCAGCUGCCUUUGAAGUGGCCGCGGUGCUGAGCAUGUGCAUCCAGCACUUCAUCGGGGGCCUGAUCACCACCCUGGUCUUCAGCAAGAUGAUGCUGUGCACUCAGAAGGCCCCAGAGAAGAUCCAGGCCACCCACUACAGCCUUCUGGCUGCUAUCGAGGUCCUCGGUAAAGUGGCUUUUAGCACCGUGGCAGGUAGCCUGGUGGACUGGCUGGGCUUUCCACACACCUUCGGCAUCUUCCUCGCCCUCUCCUUCGCCUCCGUGCUGUACAUGGUCUAAGCCAGGAUGGGCAGCGGCCGUUCUGCCAGGAUCCGUCCAGCGUUGCUGGCCAAAGGGAGAGAGAGAGAGAGAGAGAGAGAGAGGUUACCUCAAAGAGAAGCCAAUGGAAGUCACAGACGUCUCAUUAAAGCAACCGCCUCGCCCAGCUGCUUCCUGGCCAGUGUUCCUUGGUGAGGGGCGGGGAGGAGGGAGUCCGUAUCCCUCCCGGGAGCCACGUCAGAGGGUUGGAUGGGGAACAGAGAUUGCUGUGCUAAGUUCAGGGUUCAAGGUUACCUUCCACCCUUCCGAGGUGGGUAAAAUGAGGAGCCAGAUUGUUGGGGGCAAGAGGCUGACUCUGUAAACCGCUUAGAGAGGGCUAGAAAGGACUGUGAAGCGGUAUAUAAGUCUAAGGGCUAUUGCUAAGUGGGAAGGGAGGGGGGCAGGAAGGAACAGAGUACUAAGAAAG